AUGGCAGACCAGACCCGCCUUACGACGACGACGACGCAGCGCGAAGACACGCCGAACGACAACCCCCAGAAAUUCCAACACAUGAAGACAGUAUCCAGUCUUGCGGACGGACACCGCUACGCAUUGGAGUACUUCCCCGAAGAGCUGCAGGCUCUGCUGAACAUAGCUUCACUCAAACUCGACGAACGUGUUCCCGGUCACUUUGGCGCGAUCUUAGGAUGGCAGAAAGAUUCUAGAGUAGAGUCUCAACACCCACGGGUGACGAUGAAACCUCUGGAAAUUCUCUGGGAUCUAGAACACCGCACGACAGUACUGUCCGAUCCGUUCCCGUUCAGUGGGAGUACUUGGAAGAUCGUCAACAUCAAUGGUGAGGAAGAACUAUCAGCAUUACGGCGUGGCUACGAUAUUGUGCCGCCAUUCUCUAUUAUCCUCACGGUAGUUGAUCAUGAGCACUUGAUCUUGCUCCAGGUAUUCUUCCGCUAUAGUCUCUUGGUACAGGGCUUUGACGACGCUAUUGAGGGGUUCAAGCACAACUUCUGGCUUUGUUUCGAGAAGCUUUGUCGCCAUGUCGCGGCGCAAGCUUCGGCAGCCGAUCCGCAACAACACGAUGACGCAUGUAUACUCAGUAAGGCUACGCCGCCUAUAACUGCUCUUAUAAUAGACGCAAAGCUAGAGAGCUUCACCAGUCAAGUUGCUACUAGCGAGCAUGCACACCAAAUCAGUAGUACAGCGCCGGAGACCAAGGAUAAAAGGGCGGAGGCUACCGGCGACUACCUUGAAGAACAGCCUACGGAAGCGCAUGAGGAAGUGACCAAGUGGAAAAAGGCCUUCGAGGAUCAGAGCAAGGUCCUAGCAAAAGAAAGGGCAUGGUUAGGUCAGCGCCAGGCAGCGUAUAUGAAGCUAGCGGCCAAGGUCAAACAGCGAGAGGGAGAAGCGGAAGAGUGGAAGAAGAAGUAUGAAGCCUUGCGAAAGGAGACCCGCGAGGCUUGA